UAAACAAAAUUGCAGUAAAUAAUUAAAUAAAAUAACUAAAAACCCAACUGAAUAGCACAAAUUGAAUGUAAUGGAUCUGGACUUGGACUGGCAGAAUAGUCUGACGGAAAUCAAGGAUCGUGGUCAGUAUUUGCUCCAUUCGGAGAAAUGGGCCGAUUGCAGAUUUCUAGUGGGAUCACCACCCAAUCAGCGAGUGAUUGCGGGCCACAAGCUACUGUUAGCUAUGGCAUCGCCGGUAUUCGAACGGAUGUUCUAUGGCAUUUUACCGGAUAAGACGGAUCCCAUAAUUAUACCCGAUGUCCAGCCCGAGGCAUUCGAGGCAAUGUUGGAGUACAUCUACACAGAUCGCAUCACAAUUGGCUCCUUCGACAAGGCCUGCGAAUUGUGCUAUGUGGCCAAAAAGUAUAUGCUACCGCAUGUGGUGACACGAUGCACGCUCUUCCUCUGGGCCGAUCUAAGUCCCAAGAAUGCCUGUCGCGCCUACGAGUUUGCCAAACUCUUCGAUGAGCCGCGCCUAAUGCAGAGCAGCAUGGAGCUAAUUGCGUCAAACACUCGCGAAGUGUUAUCUGAUCCCAGUUUCCUGGACAUUGAGGUGUCGACAUUGAUGGCCAUUUUGGAUCAGAAUCGUCUGAAUAUUGAUUCCGAAUUGGAUUUAUUCAAUUGCCUGAUGAAAUUCGCCAGCGAAAGGGGCAUAUUGACGGGUAAUACCGAUGAGGUUUGUGAGGAGAAAUUCGAGAAGGAUUUAUUACCCAAAGAACCACCGGUGGAGGAAUCUUCGUUAGGUGUUGCAAUUGCUGCUGCAGAUGCUGGCGAGGAUGUUGUGGUGGAGGAAAUUAAAAUGGAGCCCGAUGUGGCAGCCAUGAUGCAGCAUAUGCCGCAGGAUAACGAAGAGGUUCAUUUUGAUGCCGAGCCAGAGCCAGUGGCAUCCACAUCAUCGGAGGCAGCUGCCGCCGCCGCCGCCGCCGCUGCUGCUGUUGCUGCUGCUGCUUCUGUAGCAUCUACAUCUGCUUCUGUUGCUCCAUCUGGUCCUGCCGCAUCCCCGCCAUCGGAUGAUGUUGUCAUAAUUGACAGCGAUGCCACCGAUGAUGCAGCAACCGCCGCUGCCAACAUGAUCAGCAUCAUGGAUGCCCAACGAACCAUUAUGGAUGGCGCCAUGCUGCGUCAGGCAGUGAAAAAGAUUCGUUUUCUGACCAUGACGCCGCAACAAUUCGCAGAGGGUCCGGCACGAUCUAAACUGUUGCAGCAACAUGAGGCUUUGGCCAUUUUAAUAAAAAUCUCCAGUCCCACAUUAAAUGAUUGCCACAUGCCGGAGGGUUUCUGCGUAUCGCGUAGCACUCGCAACUUUUAUGAGUUGGCUCAUCGGCAAAGCGAAUUGUCUUCGUCCUACAGGCAGCAUCCAGGUGGACCCAAUGGCGCUUCAACAUCUGCCAAUGGCGCCACCUGCAGUGGACGCUCAAAUCCCAUUUUGUUCUCCCGCCUGGGUGCCAAUCCAAUGCCCAAUCCAUUUGCAUUCUUCGGUGAGGAUACGGUCAUGUCGCAGGAUCAUCCAAAUGGCAGCCAUGCCUCGACGCGCUGUUUUAGCCAAGUCUUCGAGGGUGGCUCUGGUGGCGCAGCUCCCGCACCGGCACCUGUGCCUGCUCCCGCCCCGGCACCUGAGCCAGAUGCUGCGCCCUCUGGUUCAGCUGGAUCUAGCGGUGAUGGUGGUGGUGCUGGCGGUGGCGGUGGCGGUGGGAACUCUCAAAAUGAUAUGGUUAAAACCUAUUGCAUGCGCUCACUGACACGCCAAUUCGAUUUCCGUAAUACCAGCGUCACAGAUUCGGGUGUCACCUUCCAGGUGAAUGCAAACAUUUGGAUUUUGGGCGUCCAGGUGCCGACCCAGGUAUUGUGCGGUGAAUUAAUGACCUCCGCCGGUUUUACGGAACGUUAUACCGAAGUACUCUAUGCUCAUAUCCAGGAUAUGCAUGGUUCACGGAUCACUUAUACACAUUGCACGGCCCGGGUACGUUACGAUUCCGUAUUGGAUAUCACUUUCGAUCGCGCCGUCUAUAUCUAUCGCAAUCAGAUCUAUAAAAUCUACGUCGUAUUCAAUAAGAUGGGCUGGUAUCCAAUGUAUUCCUGUGUCCCAAAUUCCAUUUGCAAUCGGGUUAAAUUCAUGUUCAAUGUCGGUAAUCCCACUGAAUCGGUGCGCGAGGGCCUUAUAUAUGCCAUUAUCUUUUCAGUUCCCCAGGAUCAUCCGCGCCAUUUGAUUGAUUGAGUGAUCGAUAAUAACGAUGAUGAUGAUCGAAAUGAUGAGAACGAUGGGAAUUAUCCAUUAUAUUGUAUAUUCUCUAUGUGAUAGAUGUACGAAUAGGUGGACUUACCAAAUUGAUUUCCACUGUAGCCAAAUUCUAUGAAAUGCUAUUGAUAGAACAAAACAAGAAAAACCCCAAAUGGAAAUUCAACUUUAUUUACUUGCAACAAAAUUUCAAAAUUAGUAAUAAGAAUUCUUUGUCGUCGUCUUUGUGUGGUUAUCGGUUUGUCAUUUUAGCAAGUAAGUGUCUAAUUAGAAAAAUUUUCUAAUUAAAAUUAAUGUCUUCUACUGCAGAAUUUUGAAAAAUCAAAAAGGAACAAAUGUAUCAUUUGUAA